CGGAGAGGGUCGGGAGGGUCGCCGUGGCGGGCGCCUGGGCCGCCGGCCGUCUGACUUGGUUUUCGCAGGUGGGCGCUGCUGUCCGUGGCGACUCCAGAGCAACAUCACUGUCUUGGUGUGAGGAUAACCCAGACUGCUGAGGAAGUUGCUAAGAAGUGUGCUGGGGAUGCUCCGUGGAAAGUUUGAAUGCUGAGGCUGCUCCAGUGCAGAGGCUGUUGACUUGCCCAGAAGAAAGCGAUCGCCAUGGAUCAGAACAACAGCCUGCCACCCUAUGCUCAGGGCCUGGCCUCCCCUCAGGGCGCCAUGACUCCGGGAAUCCCUAUUUUUAGUCCAAUGAUGCCGUAUGGCACAGGGCUGACUCCACAGCCCAUUCAGAACACCAACAGUCUUUCCAUUCUGGAGGAGCAGCAGCGGCAACAACAGCAGCAGCAGCAGCAGCAACAGCAGCAGCAGCAGGCUGCAGUGACAACAGUGACGGCCACAGUGCAGCAGUCAUCAUCCCAGCAGGCGACUCAGGGGGCCUCAGGACAGACACCACAGCUCUUCCACUCACAGACUCUUACGACUGCACCCUUGCCGGGCACCACGCCCCUGUACCCCUCGCCCAUGACCCCCAUGACUCCCAUCACACCUGCCACACCGGCCUCUGAGAGCUCGGGGAUUGUGCCACAGCUGCAAAAUAUUGUAUCCACAGUGAACCUUGGUUGUAAACUUGACUUAAAGACCAUUGCACUUCGUGCCCGAAAUGCUGAAUAUAAUCCCAAGCGGUUUGCUGCUGUAAUCAUGAGAAUCAGGGAGCCCCGGACCACAGCCCUGAUCUUCAGUUCUGGGAAGAUGGUGUGCACGGGUGCCAAGAGUGAAGAGCAGUCCCGACUAGCAGCAAGAAAGUAUGCCAGAGUUGUGCAGAAGUUGGGUUUCCCAGCCAAGUUUUUGGACUUCAAGAUUCAGAACAUGGUGGGGAGCUGCGAUGUGAAGUUCCCCAUAAGGUUAGAAGGCCUCGUGCUGACCCAUCAGCAGUUUAGUAGUUAUGAGCCAGAGUUAUUUCCUGGGUUAAUCUACAGAAUGAUCAAACCCAGAAUUGUCCUCCUUAUUUUUGUUUCCGGAAAAGUCGUGUUAACAGGUGCUAAAGUCAGAGCAGAGAUUUACGAAGCCUUCGAAAACAUCUACCCCAUCCUCAAGGGCUUCCGCAAGACGACGUGAUGGUGUCUUGCCCUCCCCACCCAUGUGUUUUUAAAACAAAUCCGUUUUGCUACAUAUAAGUGGUGGUGGUGUGGUGGCCUGGGUCCGCGGGGCAGCCUGCACGUGCCCUGGCCACAGGCCAGGUGUUGCUGUCGUGGCUGCACUGUGUUUAGAUUUAGAUUUUAAACUCUUACUGCUGUUGACAAGUUGGUUUAAGGGACAAAACUUUGGUGUUAGAGCCACCUCUACAAUUGACUAGACGUUUUAUUUUGUUUGCUUUCUGCCCCAUAAACCACAGUUUUUAUAUUUCUACCAGAAAAGUAAAAAUGUUUUUUAAAAGUGUUGUUUUUCUAAUUUGUAACUCCUAGGAUUUAUUUUUGUGCCAGACACAUUCCGCCUUCUCAGUAUUGCAGGACAGAACAGACGUAGUCACGGACACGAUGGCUGUGAAUAUUUCUCCUCAGUGCUCUGUACAGUACAUGCUGUUUAUAAAAGUGUUCGAUUGAUGUUAUAAAUGAUGCCUUGUAAGAUUUAUGUGAUCAUACUGUUAAGAAGUUGUAUUUUAGAUAUAAUGCCUGAAACCACUUCAGUGUGUGUUUGCUUGUUUGUU